CAAUGUGCACACAAAUUAAAGGAGUGGUCAAGUUGUGUCUAUAUUCACCACCACACACACACACAGUAGAGCUGCUAGAGCAAUAACUAGCUAGAGAUGGCGACAAGGCUGGGUCACUUAUUCUUGCUACAAUGGCUGGUUCAGUCAGUGCAUGGUAUGGGCCAAGAUGCCAGUAGGAUCCGUCCCUAUACGGGCUACCACUCCUGUAUCACUAUGGCAACUGCAGCGAGGAGAGGCACACACUCCAGCUACACCUCACUCACACACUCGCUGACUAUCCACCAAUAUUCGCCGAGGUACGAAUAACAAACAAUAAUAGCUCAACUGGAAGAGACCUUGGUGGUCAGUUAGAGACAAUGACAGAGAUACCAGUGAUCUACGCUCAGUGUGUGCACUGCAGAGACAAUAGUUUGAGCAGCUCGAUGUGCACUCCGCCUAGGGAAGACAUGCUAACGGGACUGACUGUGUUAAUAAGACCCGGUGAUCAGACUACACUAGCACAUGUAGUCAUCAGGAGAUCAACCUUUGUUACAGUGAUACCGUUAAUGCCGUUAACACAAUCCUCUCUCUAUACCUACUACACACUACACGGUAGGAGUGGACUUGGACAAGGCUACAGUGUGCCUACCAUUGGAGUCAUGCAAACUUUUAGUAAUGAAGCAGUGGAUCUGAACAUUACAGAUUUGAACACUAUACCUCAGGGGGAAACACACGUCUACAAGAACAAGGAGCUGGUCAAAGGUGAUCAGUGGACUCGGCUAAAUGUUAGGGACACGGUAUGGAUACAGAGUGAAGGGCCGUCACUGAUCAAGAUAACGUCCACUGGACCUCUGCCAGUAUUCACUGGGUGGGCUAAAUCUAAUCAAUCAUACUUCAGCUCCCUCACCACGUAUGGCCAACAAAUGCCUGACACUAGCCAGUGGGGAACUGUGUUCAUCGCUGACCUCACUGCUAUUAUCAUACUACAAGACAUGGAAGUGUCCUACAGUAUACUGACAUCCAACGCAAGUACCGUGAGCAUAACAACCUUCCCUAACAGAAACACUACAAUCUUUCAAAUGCAAAAGGAUAGCCAACUUGUAAAGGUUGUGAACAGUGCAUCACUGACACACCUGGUCAUUAAAGGAACACAAAAACUGCUCAUAUUAUACGAAAUACAUAGAAAAAUAGCCAACAAAAAUGUCACAAUCUUCUCCACAUUUCUUCAACCCAUUGAGUGGUAUACAUACAAACAGACUGCAAUACUGACAACAGAACUGCAAGCUAACAGCACAAGUCAACCAUACUUGAUAACCAUAUAAUAGCGCCUACAGAUGCCACUGUACAUGUGCAAACCAAGACCACCCCACCAGGUCCAGCUGUACACUAGCGGAGUACUGUCUGAGGAGAUGCUGGUGUUCAGUACUAGUGAUGAGAGGGGCUGUCCCGCGAGACUAGGAGUCACACUCUACGCUCCACACCUGUCCUACGCUCACACCAAUCCACCCCCUCUUAAUGAUAGCAGGACGCAGAGUGUGAGUGAUGACUGCCGGAGGGUGGCUGACCACACCUCCACUAUCGUGGCCGCUAGUAGCAGUGCCGUUACAUUACUACUAGUACUCAUACUCAUAGCUGUUACCAUGGUGAUAGUGCUACUAAUGAAGCCAAGGAUCCUAUUUCAAAAACCUGACGCUCCAUUUAAAGAUUUCGACUACGAUAUAUUCCUGUCUUUUGCUGAUGCGGAUAAAGAUUUUGUUAAAACACUUCUAUAUCUCCCACUACGUAACCGUGGCUACAGAGUAUUGUGGCACUUAUCGGACUUUAUUGCAGGCUUGUCUAUAACUGAGAACAUGCUCACGGCCAUCACAACCAGUCGCUGGGUGAUCUUCGUGUGCAGUGAACAGUUUGACAAAGUCACUUUUGUCAACAAGAGUUACGAUUGGGUCUUGAUAAUCACUAUAGUGGCUACAAGGGACACUAUAGACGUGUGAUACCAUUAGUAUUGGGAGAGGCCAACUGCCCUCAGAAACUAAAGCAACUCUACCCCAUACACGUUGCCCAUAGCGAUCACACACCCACCAACAGGGACAUUAACAAGCUCAUAAGAAGGCUGUGUUUAGGGAAAAAUUUGAAAGCUCUCAAAGAGAACAAAACACAAAGAUUAAGAACAGACCGAGUGGUUACAGAGGAAAUGGAGUCGCUAUUGGAUACGCCAUACAACACAGACGUGUAACUAUGGAAACGACGUACAACACAGAUG